AUGCAGAACCACCGUGGUUCGAACGGCAACGGCUUCGGCCACAGGCCAAACAAGAACAACAAAGUCCCACCUUCGCCUACGCCAGGUCCGCGUCGCAGUCACGGCAACAACAACAACAACAUGGAGAAGGCUACCGAGCAGGGUCGCUACGUGCCGCCGCAGAAGCGUGCUGGUGGCAAGCAGCUCCCAGACAUCGUGCGCCCGGAGUCGUCGAUGUCGAACGCCACCUUCAUGAGCCAAGCCCCUCCUCAGCACUUCGCACCCGUUCAUCACAACCUCCCCAACCGCGGCCAGAUGGCGCACCCUUCCUACGGCUACUUGCCACCAUGUGGUAACUACGCGUACGGCCCGGACGACCUCACUGAGCAGAUGGCUCGCUUCGAUGCGUCUCUCGGCUCCGCUGCCGCUCACCCUGACGCACAGCGCUACCUGGGCAAUGGGCGUGGCAUGGGCAACGGUCGUCUCAUGGGCAAUAAUGUCGGCACUGGUACCGGGCUCAGCUUCAGGAACGGCGGCGUCCGUCCAGGUUUCGGCAACGCUCCGGGCGCUGUCGGCGGCGGCGUGCCGUCCAACAAGCGGGGUCACGCGUAUCGCCUCUCUGAUGCCGACUCCGCACUCGGCGACUCCCAGGGCUACCGCAUGGCGCAGAUGAUCAUGAGCGGCGCUGCUGAUGAUCCGCGUGAUCCGGACUUCGGUAACCCAGGUCCUUCUCGUCGCCCAGAAGCUGCACAGCAGGCUCUCAUCGCUGCGCAGCAGAAGCACCAUCGUGGAGACCUCGCUGCUGCCGCCGGUGAAGAUGUGAGCCCGUACACCUCCGUCCACUGCCCGAACAUCCGUGGCAACCCAGCCGCCUAUCUCGGCACCAAGCAACUCCAUCUUCCUCUCUGGAUGAAUGACGUCGACCACAACGGCGGUAGGCCAACAGUCGCGCAAGUGUUUGCCGAUCUUCCGCUCAUCGAGGCCUGCCGCGUGGCUCGCCCAAGCACUGCGGGUGUCAUCUGCAUCCGCAGCAUCCCGUACACCACCACCCGCGCCGAAAUCACCGCGUUCUUGGGUCGCAACUCGCAGAUUGUGAACCAGCCCAUCGGCACCCCCUUCACCGCGAUUCACAUCAUGAUGGAGCGCAUGUCCGGCAAGACGCAAGAUGCAUUCAUCGAGGUCGAGUCGCCGAAAGAGGCCGGUCUCAUCCACGGCUCCUUCAUCCAGCGCAUUAGGCAAGGGCGUAUGACCAAGCUCGGCGAUCGCCCAGUCAUCGUCGAGCUGUCGUCCCAGCAAGAGUUGAUGAGUGAGAUGUUCAAUCGCGCGAAGACGGUGACCUGGGUCGGCAACCAGCCCAAGUUCGACAACUCUACCAAGUACUUCUACGACGGCGUCGAGUCGGUCGGCUUCGAAGGCUUCUUGCGCGACGAAGACUAUGCUCACCUCCUGAAGCACAUUGAGUCGCCACAGCGCUCUCCGUUCGUCCAGCGCUGCAUCAUCCGUCCGUACGAGUCCCUCAUCUCGACGAUCCACAAGUUCCCAUGGUUCGACGUCGAGCACGUGCUUCUCUCCGAGCGCGAUCAAUUGUUCAAGGUCACCAUCACGGCUAUCGACACCCUCAUGGCCCUCCUGCGCAAGCACGGCGGCACCGGUGGCCACGACGCGACGAAGCCGAACAACCAGAUUCUCAAGGAGGUCGCCAUCGCUGCUCUCACGUGCCCAGGCUUCUCCGAGUUCCAGAAGUCUCGCGUCAUCCGCCACCUCCAGCAGGGCAACUACGGCCAAUACACGGUCUCGAAGGGUCUCAACCUCACCUUCGGUGGUAUCGACAACUACUCCCCCAACUGGCCGUUCCUCAUCCUGGUCAAGAAGCCUGGCGUCAACGAUGAGCUCAUCGAGUACAUCGCCGGCCUGAUGCGUGACACCACUACGGGCAGCCAGAUGUCCCUCGCCGACAUUCACUCCAUGCAGGCUUCCGGCAACCUCGCCAGCCCGUUCGGCCACCUGGACAUCCAGUACGAGGACUGCAAGACGCUCGCUGACGUCGGCCGCCUCGAGCUGCGCACCAUUGAGAAGAUCCUGUGCUUCUCUCUUCCGCGCGGACGCCCCGAUCGUACCUUCAGCACCGGUCGCUCGCUCGGCACCGGCCUGUACAUGAAUAUGCAGUAA